GUCCACGUCCGAUAUUCUCAUGAUGGAAUACCCUAUAUCCGCUACGUGCAAACGGCCUCUGGAGCGGUAGGUAUGAAACCCAGAAAAUAGCAAAGGCUCGUCCGGAUAUGCCACCAACUUCUCGAUCAGGAACACGUCGAAUUGCAGUCAAACUCAAGCCCCCUGACCGGGAAUUCGUCCUACUCAUUCUGCGGACGACCCAUCUGCGGAAACGAGCGAUGGACGCGACGGUGCCGAUCAUGCUCAACUCGGAGCUCGCCUCGGAGAUGGUGAAGCUUCUCGGCGAUGAGCUCAAGAAAACGCGGGUACGGCUCAGUGCAGCAGAAGAGGAGCUCGAGAGAUCGCGCAAUACGCAGGUGCCGACGUCGGGAUGCGGUGAUCAACGGGAGGAUUGUUGCGCGGGCAUGCUCCGCGCGCUGCACCACAUCUUCACGGUGCCUAAGGGACAGUACUCUGGGCCCGAGAUGAUUGUGUACGCCGCACAGGUGCUCAAGGCCCUGCGGGACGAGUUGCAGGCGGAACACAGACGUACUGAAACCGAGGGGAUCCCGGAGAAUGGUUUGCAGGCGCAUCUUGAACGACUCGUGCAGGAGAAGCGGCAGAUCGUGAUGGAGAAACAGCAUAUCACCGCUCACCUCACGGGAACCAAUUCGGAGCUAGAAGCUCAGAUCGCUGAACUGCGCGAAGGGACGCGUAUGCGAGACGAAGAGAUCGCGAGGAAGACCGAGAUGCUCGCUACCAUGCAAGACAAAGUGCAUGAGAAGGAUGACGCGCUGCGUUCAUGCGAGAAGGUAGCGAGGGAGAAUCAGGAUACCAUCGCACACCUCACGGAUUUCAAUGCUCGAUUGAAGACUAAGGUCGUGGAGUUACACGAUACGGUGCAGGCCCGAGACCAAGAAAUUCGUCGGAAGGAGCAGACCAUCGCGUCUCUGGGGACGAAGCUGCGCGAGAAGGAGGAGCAAGUACUCGCGCGCGAGAAGAGUUCGAAGGCCGUACAGGACGCGAUGCGUGGUGUAGAGGCUGAGAGGGAUCAAGCGCGUGCUGCCAGAGUCAAAGCCGUCAAAGACCUGAAGGCGCGCGACGAAUCGUUCGCGGCCCUUCUGAAGGAGAGAGACGAGCUGAAGGUCUCAUCGGACAAGUACAAGGCUGCUGCGGAAAAGGCUGAUAUCACUCUCAAGCGAUAUGGAAACUGGGCCGGAAGGUAUGAUCACUUCUCAAGAUUUAUGCAGGAUCUCCCUGAGCCCGCCGGUCUCCGGCCUUCCCCGAACAAGAGACAACAUUGCUUGAACCCUGAGUGCAUUGGUUCCACGACCCGUAUAUCCGAGACCGACAGCGAACCGCGCUCCGUCUUGUACCUGUCGGACCUGCCUCUGUGGUGGCCUACAGGAUCCCGGAACGGACUGGCAGUCAUCCCCGCAUACUUCUAUCAGUCAGUAGGAGAGCUGCCGUGCCCGAGUUGGACAUCCAACACGCUCCGCGACGACAUCAACGAGCAGGUCCGGGAGCUGUUCCUCCGGGGUAACCGCGGGCUCGUGUUCUAUGCGGGGACCUACAAGUUCUUCAAAGGGCCGAUCCUGUCGGGUGUUCCAGACCUCGCGCAACUUAGAUUGCCACGAAACGCCGCAGAGACGCUGGCGCGGCACACUCUGGAGUCGUGCAAGAGUACUCAGCACAUGUUCGACGGGGUGGAAGGUGCGUACGCGAAGGGCGCCCUGUCUCUUGGGGAGGGCUUCGACGAUCGUCUCCGAGCACAGUACGCGCAGACGCCUUCGAAGACGGAGCAGCCCCCUUCCCCUUCCAUUGUCAGACCCAAGUUCGAGCCUGAGGUCAGCCCUCGCUCAUCACUGAAACGUAAAUGCGAGACGGGGGUGCCUGCGGAUCCGCGGAAGAGGGCGAGAACGGUGGCGAGUCAGGCGGCGAAGCCAGUGGCAAAAAUGAUCAAACGCGAGGGAUAGAACGUCUGUUGUUGUAAUAUGUUCGAAGUUCUAUGUACUAUAGUACGAAUGCUCGUUCAACUAAUGCACUCAACCUCGAGACAUCA